AUGGAAUCUCAAUUUUGUUCUUCAUUUCCACGUUUUCUUCUCCUCAUAAUUCUCGCUUCUAUAUUGGGUUGUUAUUCGGAAGCAAUUACCGGCGGCGGAAUUGCCACUUACUGGGGCCAGAACACGAGAGAGGGCCGGCUGACCGCCGCCUGCGCCACCGGAAAAUUUCAGAUCAUCAACAUAGGGUUCCUCUCUACAUUCGGCAACGGCCGGCCGCCGCAAGUGAACCUAACGCGCCACUGCAGUCCCGUCUCCAACGGCUGCCGGAAUGUGAGCGUUGGCGUCCUCAACUGCCGAAACGAUGGCGUUAAAGUCAUGCUCUCCAUUGGUGGCCCUCACGGAAGCUACUUCCUCUCCUCCGCCGCCGAAGCCGUUGACCUUGCUGACUACAUCUGGAACAACUUCCUCGGCGGCCACUCCACGUCACUACGACCGUUUGGUGAUGUACCAUUGGACGGUGUAGAUUUCAGGAUUGAGCGAGUCGAGUUCUCCCACUACUACGCCAUGGUUGCUCGGCGGCUACACGACUAUGGCCGGCAAAGUAACCGUAAAGUGUACUUAACGGCGGCUCCGGGGUGCCGUUUUCCCGACAAAUACCUAACUGAAUCGCUUCACACUGGACUUUUCGACUAUGUUUGGGUUAGAUUUUUUGACGACCGGCAAUGCCGUUAUGAUUCCGUUAACCCGUCGGGCUUUUGGUGGUCGUGGAUGCGGUGGACACAUUCAAUUCCGGCGAGGAAAUUUUACUUGGGAAUUCCGGCAUCCGAAGAAGCCGGAGAUGGGUACGUGGCACCGGAGGUGCUGAUAAAGGAAGUGCUGCCGUUUGUUAAGAGGUUCACAAGUUAUGGCGGCGUUAUGCUUUUCGACUUGUCGAAUGAUGUUCAAACUAACUACAGUUCUAUAAUUAGCAAUAGGGUUUGAGAAUUUUGAGUUUACUGAAGCAUUAAAUAUAAUUGAUCGGUUAUUAAGGUGAG